AUGGCGCGAUUAAAUGAUCUCCCCGGCCCAACAGAGUCCAUAGAAGCCCUCAAAAGACGCUUUGUACGGCAGAACCGCGAAAUCGCAAGAGUAAACUCGCUCCAGUCGCUGCGAAUACAGAGUUUAGAAUCAGAACUAUCUCACCUCCUAAAAGAGAACGCCGCUCUCAAAGAACAAGUGAUUUCAUUGACACACGAUGCCGAAAAAUUUGCAGCCGGUCGAGCUUUUCAUAAGGACAUCUAUCGGUGUAAGGAGAAAUUUGCGGCCAAAGUUUCCGAAUUGAACUCGCUGGUUAGCGAGCUGGGCAUGAUUCCGGAGAGCUUCCUUAAAAAGACCGCGCAUCUCACAACUGCAGAUGCUAAUAUAGAAACUCAGCGCUCCUUUGACUCUGGUCGGAGACCAUUGACGUGGGACGAAAACGGCGACAGACUUCCAACAAUCUUAGAGGAUAAAUAUUUCCCAAGACGAACUCUUGACCCUGAGGAAUUGGCAGCAGUAGCAACACAACAAGAUCUAGACUCGCCUACCAUAGGAUCUCCUCCAGUUGCUCACUUUGAUGUGGAUCAGAGUCCACUUUCACUGAGAAAGCAUGACGACUUCGACCUUUCUACGAAAGACAUUGCUUCCCCAGAAUUGGAAGAUAGCAUGCACUCCGACAACAACAGCCUUUCCUAUUCUCCAAACAACACCAACGAAGACGUUCCGAUCCCAGAGCAACAAACCUCGCCAUCUAAAUAUGUCCUACUUCCUGUCCUGUCUGGAUCAAAGCGCAAGUUCAGCGCAACGGAAGAUGAAAUCACGUUUUCGCCGCCUCCUGCAACCGCUGGUCCGGCAAUUGAUGAUGAUUUCCAGUUUACACGCUCCGUUGAUAUUUCUAGAGCGCGACAACCAAAUGUGGCAGUCGAAGUAAUCAGUGAGCCUACAGCAGGACACGGGAAGAAACAACAACAAAAGAAGGGAAAUCUUGCGAAGCGAAGAGUACUAGAACCAAAAACCACAAACAUGGCUUCACCCACGAAGAAAACAGUACAGCAGGUUGGUGAUGGCAAACCGGAGAAUACACCAAGAAGGCCUGGCGAAGAAGAGAACGCGCGCAAAACGGAACCACCAAACAACGCUUCACAGUUACAACCCGAUCAGACGAAAAAGACAAAAAGAGCAACUGCAAUGGCUGCACACGAGGACGAAGCUAUCAAGCCAACAUCAAACAGUCGUGAUUUUGUGGCGAAAGAACGCCAACGCAAGCAAUCAUUCCACGGUAAUGACAUAAACAAACCUGCUGUAACAGAAUCUAUGCCUCUUCCCAGUCUCACAUCACGACCGUCCAGGCGGGCGAGAGGAGCCAUCAGCUACGCAGAGCCCAAUCUGCGAGACAAGAUGCGAAGAGCCACAAAUGAACUGACAGAUGCUGUGGCUAUUGAACAUGCACAACGUACAGCUUCGCUGGCGGGUAAUUCUGGUCAGAAUUUCGAACCAGAAAGCCACGAUAGUUCUUCGCUCGAUCCUAGCCUGGUAGCUAACCCAACGAUUCCACAUGAUAAUCAACGGAUUGUUGCCGAACUACCCAAGCACAUGGUAACUGAGAGAAAGCGGAGAACAUUGUCGGCUAGCACGAAUGAGAUUACGCGCUUAAACAAGACCGAGAGCGAGUCAGACCUGAGGCAAGACACCGAGGGUGACGGCACAAGGUCACCCACCACUACCACCAAUCAUCCAACACAAGAGCAUCUGCGACGGCGAUCGGCAAGUCUAAAACCGCAGACACAUCGACAUUCCUCAAAUCCUGCAGGCUAUGACCGCGCAAAAUCCAAUCAAUCCGAUAAGUUGGCUAGUCAUGAGACAUCAGAGUUGGACGGUGAAAGCCACGACAACGACACCGUAUUGGAGGAAUCCCUGCCACAUAUUACGGUCAUCAACAAAGAUAUCGGAGCAGCAAACACUGCGAGAGUAAGAGGAACACGAAAUCUGACGGAAGAUAGUAGUGCCCAAGCCACGCGAAACCAGCGUGUCUCGUCAAGAAGGCGAAGCACCUUGAUAUAA